AUUCACUGAUAUUCUAGUCUUCCUAACCUAGUCAAAUCAGUAUUAAACCCAGUGUUACCACAAUAAGGAACGCGUCGCCAAAAAAGAACCUAAAAACACUGGCCAGUUACAAAAGUGAUACCUUCUUACUGGCCAGUUAGUGUUGAUUUGAAUUACGAAUGUUACUGGCCAGUAAGAUAAAAGUGGAAAUUUGAAAAAGGAAUGUGAAAGUGAAGUGUGUUCUUCUCCCUGGGUCUGAGGUUGGGAGAACUGUGGUGGCUAAUGUGGGGGACGGCGUACUAUGACGAACAACAAUAACGGGCGAAGCAGCGCGGGCGGCGAGCCCGCCGCCGAUAUGGACUCGCUCGAGGAAAUGCUUCGUAAGCUCUCGGAGCUCGAGCAGCGGGUGCUCGAGGCCGAGGGGCGGGCCGAGGAAGCAGAAGACAAGGUCCGCGCCAUGGAGCAGCGGCUUUGCGAGUGGCCGGCGGGCGCUGACGGAGCGCCCAAAGCCAUCACUCGACUCGAAGGACAGAUCGAGGAACAGAAGCAACUGCGGCUCCAGGACGCGAAGCAGGUGGAGGCGAAGGCGGCGCGCAUCAAGGAGUGGGUCACCAACAAGCUCAAGGAGCUGGAACAGCAGAACCAGCUCCUCCGGGAACAGAACCACCGCUGCAACCAGCAGUUAGAGCUGCUGAGGAACCAUAUCGCUACGCAGGGUAGCCGUGCGUUCCUCCCAACUCGAGCGAGUCUGUCCCUCGAGGUGAGGACCGAAGAGGGCUCGCCCCGAGCCACGUCCAGCCUAAUCGCUGCCAAUAGGCGGAGAUCAGAGAGCCUCGAGGGGCCACAGCUGCCCACUCUAACCUCAUCGGAGCCUCACUACAGUACACCCGUGCGGCACCGACGCAACCAAUCUAUCGGGACCCCCCACGCAAGCGCCACGCCCCCACCAGUAGUCAACACCAUGAACCGAACACUAGACGAACGGACGGCAGCUAGCCUACUAGCAGACGACUUGGCAGCGGCUGUAGAGAAUCUCGUGGUGUUACCAACAACGCCCAACACAUCAACAGACGGUGAUACGACACAUGAUUACGCUGAAAUCUAUACGCCAAGUAGAGAACGUACGCCAGCGUGGCAGGGCCCGUCGGUAGUGGUCCAAGGUAGUCGCGGGGGCAGCUCGACGGGCGACUCGUGUGCGUCAGACCAGCCGCGCCCGCCCACGCCGCCUUUACACCGCUUCCCUAGCUGGGAGGCUAAGAUUUACCAGGUGGCUGACGAUGGCCUACAACAAUCAGUCGAAGAAGAACUGAGUCCUCCGCCGUGUCCAAGGCCAGUGCACGAGUCGACGAGCUACCAGAACUUAUCCGUCCCUGUUUACGCCACUGUCAAAGGGCGAGCGUCACAGAUCCGGUCGAUGCCAUUCACGGGCGACUCGUCCGAUGAUUCGUCCGACGGCGAGGAUUCUAUGGGAGUCACAGUUCACAAUACACCACAUCACAUUUUCGCUCAAACCUCAAGUCAACCAAUCAACAACGUGAACCUCACCAACGUCCUCCCAGCGUCCAUACAACAGACGUCCAACCACGGCCUAGUGCUAACCAACAGCGCGAACGGGCAAUGCAGUUCUUCAGACACUAGUCUCAGUGCCAGCAGCCCGUCGAAGAGUGUGAAGACUAGCUCUAGCCUGAGCCCGGCUAAACGGUCGAGCAGCGGUUCGCCUAGCAAGCAGAGUAAAACUAGAGACACAUCGUUCGAGUCGGGCAUGUCGGACGACUACGCGAUCCCGCCGGACGCGGUGUCGUGCGACACGUCGGCGUCGCUGGCGUCGCUGUGCCGCUCGGCGCCGCCGCCCGCGCAGCGGCACGAGGCGCUCGAGAAGAGCGGCCAUCUUGCCAAACUCGGCGGGAAGCUCAAGACGUGGCGGAAACGAUGGUUCGUCCUGAAAAACGGCACGCUCUCCUACUGGAAAUCACAAUCCGAGACGGCCCGCAAACCGCAGGGCCAGAUCGGUCUCGGUGAAGCCUGCAAGAUUUCUCGGAACGAAGGCGCCGCCACAUUUGAGAUCUACACCGGGAGUCGAACGUACUACCUCACGGCUGACAGCAUCGCUACUAUGGAGGAUUGGAUCAGGGUUUUACAGAACGUACAAAGGCGAAACGCGACGAAACUCCUGCUCAGUAAAGAGGACAACAAGCCAACUAUCCAAGGCUGGCUGACGAAAGUCAAGAACGGCCACGCGAAGAAGAGUUGGUGCGUUCUCAUCGGCAAGAUGUUCUUGUACUUCAAGUCGCCUGGGGACCCGAACCCAACGGGCCAAAUAAACAUGCGCGACGCCCGAGUAGAAGAUGUCGAGCAUGUGUCAGAUUCCGACUCUGAAGAAAAGAACGAUGAUACCAGGAACCAUCUGACGGUUGCGAUAUACCCGCAGCACCAGGUAACUGGGGGACCAACAUACCUCUUGUUCGAGACCAAAGCGGAUAAAGACUCGUGGUUGUACCAGCUCACCGUCGUGUCGGGCGCCGGCCUGGGCCAGGGCACGCACUUCGAGCAGCUCGUGCAGAAACUCAUGGAGACCGACGGGGACCCUAACUGCGUGCUAUGGAGGCAUCCGACGUUACUGUACAGUAAAGAGCAUAUCUCGUCGCCACUCACCUCACUAACGUCCGAAGCGUUGCAGGCUGAAGCGUUAAAACUGUUCAAAUGCGUGCAACUAUUCAUGUCGGUGUGCGUGGAGCACUGCGGCAUCGACUACCACGUGGUGCUCGCGCAGAACGCUCUCCAGCAGUGCCUGGAGGUGUCGGAGCUGCAGGACGAGCUGGUCUCCGCGCUGGCCAAGCAGACGGCGCCGCACACGCACAGCAAGCACGGCGUGCAGGUAACGGCGUCGCCGAGCCCGUCGCCCGGCAGCGCGCGCCGGCAGAAGCUUAACGUUAAAGCGCAGAAGCUUAAGAGUCAACUGCUACUAUGCGCGACGCAAUCGCUGUUCACGUGCGACACCGGCGCCGCGUCCGUCGGCGGCGACAACAAGAGCGACACUGCGCCAAGCGGCGGCUCGCCCAGCUCCAUACAGGCGCCCCUCCUCUCAGUGGAUUGCAAGAGUAACCCACCAACGUACAGCUUCGUACAAGGAUGGCAGUUGUUAGCAUUAGCAGUCAGUCUGUUUGUGCCACGGAACAACAGGCUGUUGUGGUACCUGAAGCUACAUCUUAGCAGGCAUUCUGACUCCAAAACGGAAUGCGGAAAAUACGCAGCGUACUGCUCGCGCGCUUUGGAGCGAACCAUCCGCAAUGGAGGCCGCGAGGACAAGCCCUCACGUAUGGAGGUGCUCUCCAUACUGCUCAAGAACCCCUACCACCACUGCCUGCCGCACGCGAUACCCGUUCAUAUGCUCAAUAACACCUACCAGGUGAUAAGUUUCGACGGGUCGACGACGGUGGAAGAGUUCCUGGCGACGCUAAGCACGGAGCUGGGCUGCCGGGAAGCCACUGCUUCGGGCUUCGCACUAUUCAGCGACGACCCUAUAGAAAAGGAUUUGGAACAUCACAUCAAACCCGAUAAGAAGCUAUGCGACGUAAUAUCAAAAUGGGAGACGGCGCUCCGAGAGAAAGGUUCCGGAAAGUUCGAGAAUUCUCGAGUGAUCCGACUGACGUACAGAAACAGGCUCUAUUUCAAGAGCUCAGUGCGGACCGAAACGGACAAGGAGCGGUUGUUACUCUGCUACCAAGUUAACCAACAAGUGGUAGCCGGCCGGUUCCCAGUAACAAGAGAGUUAGCCGCGGAACUAGGCGCCCUAAUGGCUCAACUAGACAUGGGCGACUACAGCGCCUCCAGCAGCACACACAACCAGCCGCUGGCGCACCGCUUCUACCCUUACCGGUACCGGGCCACGCUCAGCAACGACGAACUCAGGGAAGUGGAGGAUAAGCUACGUAGCAAAUGGACGGCGCUGAAAGGGCGGAGUACGGCGGACUGCGUGCGGAUCUACCUCAACUGCACAAGGAAGUGGCCGUUCUUUGGGGCCACGCUCUUCCAGGCGAGGAUAAAGCAGCCAGACCUGUCAAUGGCGUGGCUAGCGGUGUCAGAAGACGGAGUGACUGUGUUAGAACUAGCGUCUAUGUCCGUAAUCGGUCGUUACGCGCUCAGCUCUAUUGGGUUAUUCGGAGGGUUACAGGAUGACCUGAUGAUGCUGAUCGAUGCGGACGCAGACGACGCAACAAGUCCCGUGCAUAAGAUGUUGAUCAGUCUCAACAAACCUAAGAUGGUGGAGCUAACGCACCUAAUAGCGGACUACAAGAACGCGCUCUCCCGACCACCGGCGACCCAGCCCGGCACGCCGCAGAUGAACUCGCUCACGCGCCCGCACGAGCGCCUGCGCCGCCCGCACCCCGCACACUCGCACUCCUCCCCCUCCACGCUCCCCCACCCGCACGCGCACUCGCACUCCCACACCACACACAACACCAUCAACUCUCACACCACUACUAUGACUCUAGGCUCCGACCGCAAUGCCACCCUCACCCUCAGCUCCCACACGUCCACAUCUAACAGACCUGACGCGCGCGCCUCGCACGGCCAACCCGACAUACUCAAGUCGACCCCGGACCACCAUCGAGAUAAGAAGCGCGCCCACGCCCAGGACAGCGGCGUCGCGUGAUCCAGAGUCUAAUAGGUCAGUUCGUUCCAGCUCGAAACGAUGUCUAAAUUUUUAUAAUAAAAAAUCUCACUAGCUCAGCAAAAAUCAGAGCAGGGGCCCAUUUCUCGAAGCUAGACAAUUUUUUUCAAAGUCGUCCACCCCACUUUUUUUUUGAUUUGGAUUUUUUUAUAUGGUUUCCACUC